GGUCGUGCUGAUUUCACACCCAUAUUUUUGAGUGAGAUUCCACUUUUAUUUCAUCGGAAAAUAAUUGAUCUAGAUGUGGCCCUGAUACAAGUCAGUCCUCCUGACAAACAUGGAUUUUGCACCCUUGGACCAAGUGUCGACUGUACACGAGCUGCCAUACAGAAUGCUAAGUACAUUAUAGGUAAGAUGGUCUUGAAAUCAGAACGCAAGUAGCUUUGUGUUUCAAGUCUAUAGAUUGGUCACAUGGUUUUACUGGCUGUUCUUCCAUGUGUUGUGAUUUGUCGGUCAAGGAUGGUCACCAAGUUUUAAAAGGCACCAUAGAUCUUGAUUGCUCAUGGUGGAUGAAGACCUGGCGGAGUACAAAUUACCCUUCGGGAAUCCCCACAGACCUUUUUUCUUUCCUCCCUGGAUUGGGAUGAGAGGUGAUUUAUUUCAAAUUGCUUUAAUUUGUCCACAUUAACCCCUGCACCGAUGGGCAAUAAGUAUGAU